GGAAUAAUAUGUGGAGAUGGUGCCAUUAUGAUUCUCAAAGCGUCCCCCUGAUUCCAUUUCUGGCUUAAACGCUUGCAAACUUUCCGAGUUGCUUUUGUCGUUUUUUGUUCUUCAAUGGAAGUAAUCGCGACUGGCCAUGUGAAUUCUCAUUCUAGUGUUGGUUUCUUGGUUGUUUAUAGUGACACGAAACUCACACACCCGCAGACUAAAUUUUGUGUGGCCUCUAUUUCUUUCUUGUCUCUUCUCAUUUUCUCUUUUUCUUCCUCUGUUGUAAUUUUCCUAGAUUUUAGGAUAUAUAAAUGAGUUCCUAGCGGGAGGGCCCUUUUCUAUGUGCUUCAUUUUGAGAUAGUUUCUCAAGUCUUUGAGAAUCUUGCAGCUUCCAUGGCUUCAACUGUGAAGAGUUUUUCUCUAUCACCACCUCAUUUUGCUUCGAAUUUAGAGAGAAGGGCUCAUUCUAGAUACUCAGUCAGGUGUUUAUCUAGUAAGGAUUCCACUGCUGCAUUAUCUUUUGAUUCUGUGAAAGUUAAUGGUGCAGCGAGUGGAGUGUCCUCUGCUGUGAAGGAGGAGAGAGAGAAGGUUGAUCAUGUGAGCUCAGUUGUUGAGGGAAAGAGGAGAGAGAAGGAGUCUCAGGAGGUAAAGUUGGAAGCAUUGUGGGAUGAUGGAUAUGGGACUGAAACUGUGCGAGAUUAUCUUGAUUAUGCCGGAGAUAUAAUCAAGCCGGACGGUGGGCCGGUGCGGUGGUUCACCCCAAUCUCAUGUGGCCCUCAUUUGAGAGGCUCACCUGUGUUAUUUUUCUUGUCUGGACUAGAUGGUCUAGGACUUGGCCUUAUCCUGCACCACAAAUCUCUUGGGAAGGUCUUUGAUGUUCGGUGCAUGCAUAUCCCGGUGCAAGACCGAACCCCGUUUGAAGAGUUGGUAGUGUGGGUUGAAGGAUCUUUGAGAGCCGAACACUCUUCAUGUCCUAAUAAGCCCAUCUAUCUGGUUGGAGAUUCCUUCGGUGGGUGCUUGGCUCUUGCAGUUGCAGCACGAAAUCCUGAUAUUGAUCUUGUAGUGAUACUAGCGAAUCCAGCAACUUCGUUUGGCAGGUCACAGCUGCAGCCUUUUCUACCUUUGUUGGAAGCAUUGCCUAAUGAACUUCAUAAUGCAGUUCCUUAUCUCCUAAGCUUUGUUAUGGGUGAUCCAGUGAAGCUGGCUACGGUGAAUAUUGAUAAAGCGAGCCCUCCUACCCAAUAUUUUGAACAGUUAGCGAACAACCUUACUGCUUUGCUGCCACGUCUUUCUGGCUUGGCUAAUAUCCUACCAAAAGAAGCGCUGCUUUGGAAACUGAAGCUGUUGAAAGCUGGUGCUGCUUAUGCUAAUUCUCGUCUUCAUGCCAUUAAAGCUGAAGUACUUAUUCUUGCUAGUGGCAAGGAUAACAUGCUUCCCAGUAGAGAUGAAGCUUGGAGGCUCUCAAAGUCACUGAAAAAUUGCAACAUACGAUACUUCAAAGACAAUGGGCAUACCAUAUUAAUGGAGGAUGGUAUUAAUUUAUUGACUAUUAUCAAAGCUACUAGCACAUAUCGUCGGUCCAGAAGCCGUGAUUAUGUGAUGGAUUUUGUACCUCCUAGUAUAUCCGAGUUCAAGUUAGCAAUCGAGGGGAAUGGAUUCCUUCGGAAUUUUGGAGGUCCGGUAUUCUUCUCGACUAUGGAAGAUGGGAAGACAGUGAGAGGCCUAGCUGGAGUCCCGGAGGAAGGUCCAGUCUUGUUAGUUGGUUAUCACAUGCUUAUGGGUUUAGAACUCUCACCACUAGUCGAACAAUUUCUGCAAGAGAAGAAGAUCUUGGUUCGUGGUAUCGCACAUCCGACUUUGUUUUCGCAUCUUGUUGAAAAUGGAAGUAAGGAGUUUUCAUUUUACGACUAUAUAAGAUUAUAUGGCGCACUACCUGUGAGCGCGAACAAUCUUUUCAAGCUGUUCAAAACGAAAUCUCAUGUGCUGUUGUAUCCUGGUGGUGCUCGAGAGGCUCUGCACAAGAAGGGUGAAGAGUAUAAAUUGUUCUGGCCCGAACAGCCAGAAUUCGUGAGGAUGGCUGCAAGAUUUGAAGCCACAAUCGUACCUUUUGGAGUAGUCGGAGAGGACGACCUUACUGAGUUAGUCCUGGACUAUGAUGACCUGAUGAAAAUCCCAUUUUUGAGUGACCUAAUACUAAGCAAUGACGAGAAGGGCCAAGAAUUUAACAUAAGGGCUGGAAUGAGUGGUGAGGUUGCGAAUCAAAACCUGUAUUUUCCGGGACUCUUACCGAAGAUUCCUGGCCGGCUGUACUACCUAUUUGGGAAGCCAAUUCAGACCAAGGGGAAGAAGGAGAUGCUGAAGGACAGAGAAAAAGCGCGAGAACUCUACCUGGAGAUCAAAUCUGAAGUUGAGACGAGCAUGUCGUACCUGCUCAAGAAGAGAGAGCAGGAUCCAUACAGGAGUAUCGUUGAUAGGACCAUGUAUCGAGCCUUUCGUGCUCCCAUGGAUCAGGUCCCGACUUUUGAACCAUAGAUGACUGGUUCCAAGGGAAAAGGGCUUUGAGACUAGAAUGGCAUGAGGAGUUCAUGUUGUACGGGUAUAAAAGAAGGUGAAGCUGUUGAAGAUGCAUAAUUGGUUUGUUAUGUUCAAAAUAGUGUAUAUUCAUUACAAUUCUAUAAUAGCAAAUAGUAAUUUUUUACCAGUUAUAUUUAUUAUAAUUUAUUAGUAAAAUGUGGUUGAUUUUUUAUACAAGAACCACCCUUCCCUCUGAACAUUGGGGUCAGUGGUGGAGUGAUAUUCUUGAAAUCAAAGAUAUCAAGUUCAAAAUUCA